AUGGAUAAUAAGGCAAUCACAGACAAAAUCGAAACAAUCAACAAUCAGAUAUCUACAGCAAAGAAUGAAGCUAGAUCUUUAUAUACUGAGAUCGAGAGUGUUAAAACUAAAGUUCGAGACGGGGGUUUGAAGGAAAAUAGUUAUAAAAUAAAGUCAAUUCCCAACCAUUCAAUAAACCCAAAGUUAUACAAUACUUUGGAAGGACAUCAAAGUAAAAUCAGUCAAAUUCAAUGGAAUAAAGAAAGUGAUAAGAUUUUGAGCGGGAGUCAGGAUGGAUAUAUGAUUAUAUGGGAUGCUAUAACAGGAUAUAAGAAGAACAUCAUAGAAUUAGAUAAUCAAUGGUUAUUGACAUGCUCAUUAUCACCAUCAGGGGAAAUGAUAGCCUCUGGAGGAUUAGAUAAUAAUCUUACAAUUUAUAAAAUUGGUGACCAAACUACUAAUAGACCUAAUGUUAAUUAUUUCAAUUCUUCAGUUCAGUACAUCUUCAAGGGCCAUAGAGCUUACAUUUCUGAUAGCAAGUUUUUGAAUAGUCAUCAAAUAAUCACAUCCUCAGGAGAUAUGAAGAAUAUGAUGUGGGACUUACAUAAAGGUGAUAAGGUCCGAGAAUUUAUUGAUCAUACGGGAGAUAUUUUAUGUUUGUCGACAUUCAACAAUGAAAAUAAUAUAUUCAUGAGUGGCAGUUGUGAUGGAUAUGUUAAAAUGUGGGACGUCCGACAAAAAUCAAGUGUACAAAAUUUAUUCAUAUCAAAUUAUGAUAUUAAUACUCUCAAGGUAUUUCCUCAAGGAAAGUCAUUUGUCAGUGGAUCAGAUGAUGGGAUAAUAAGAUUUUUUGAUCUUAGAAGUGACUGUGAACUUUCCCAAUAUUCUAUUACAUCAGAAUUCAAAAACUUCAGUAGUGAACCAAGUUUUGGUUGGAAGCAAGAUAAUUUGAGUAGUAGGAAUUCAUUAAAUUCAGUAUCAUCCAUGGAUUCCAUAAACAUACUAUCGGUGGAUUUCAGUCGAAGUGGGAGAUUGAUCUAUAGUUGCUAUUCAGACUUUGGAUGUUUAAUUUGGGACAGUUUAAAAGGGGAAAUUAUUGGAGCAAUAGGAGGACAUUUGAAUAAAGUAAAUCAAGUUAGUGUAGCACCUGAUGGAAUUGGAGUUUGUACUGCAAGUUGGGAUUCAACCAUCAAGGUUUGGGCACCAUAA